AUGCUAGAGUUGCCAAAUACCAUCGUCAAUCUAGAGAGCUUGAAAGUGUUGAAGAUGAACGGAACUUCUGUGAAAAAGUUACCCGAGGCUAUUGGUAUGAUGGAGAAACUUGAGGAAAUUCAUGGAAACGAUUGCAAGGAGCUAAAGAUGAUUCCUAGUGAUAUUGGGAGACUACCACUCUUGAAGAUUUUGGCAUUAACAGCAACUAUUGUGGAGAAUGUGCCAGAGCUUCCACAAAGUUUGAUAAGUCUAUGUUUGUCUUCAAGAGCCGUAGGAAAAGUUCCAGAGAUCUACAAUCGGGUGAACCUUCCGAGUUUAAGAAAUCUGGAAUUAUGUUUCGGCAAAGACAAUGAUGAAACCUUUGUCUACUAUGAAUCAGAGCGACAACCCCACGCUUUCAGCUCAUCGCGUAUGAAACUUUUGAAUAUUACUAGCGUAACCUCAUUUGGGGCUUGGUUUCAUUGUGCAAGAGAACUUGAACUUAUCCGAUGCGAGACCCUAUGCCAGAUUCAACAUCUUCCCUCCGGUUUGAGGAAAUUGAAAAUUAGGAAUUGCAGUCUUCUUGAAGUUGUUGACCUUUCCAACUUGGGGAAUUUGUUGGAGCUAAGUCUAUUAAAUAAUCAGAAUUGUCAUAUUCAAGGGCAUGAAGAUUUAGCAUUGUUGCAACACUUAAAAGUGUACAACUGCAGGUCAAGCAAGUUCAACUGGCUUGAAAGACUGAAGAAUCUACGGCACUUGCAGCUUAAGAUGUGUCCCUCCCUUCAAACGUUGUCCAACUUAUCUAACUUGAAAAAUCUCAAGGAGUUCAAACUAUGGGAUUGUCCGAAAUUGGUUGACAUUGAAGGUCUUGACAGAUUGGAAUCACUAGAAAAGCUUGAUAAUCAAUGCUGCAGCUUACUUGAUCUAUCCCACUCGAAGAAGCUGAAGAACCUGCGCCAGAUUGAACAGCUUCCCUCUGGUUUGAGGAAACUCACAAUUAGUUAUUGCCAUCUCCUUGAAGUUGUCGACCUUUCCAACUUGGAGAAUUUGUUGGAGCUAAGUCUAAUCAACAGUGAGAUUUGUGAUAUUCAAGGGCUUGAAGGUUUAGCAUCGUUGCAAUGCUUAAGAGUGUAUGACUCCAAGUCAAGCAAGUUCAACAGGCUUGAAAGAUUGAAGAAUCUACGGCUCUUAGAGCUUUUCCUUGCGAAGCUUACCCGAUCUAUCCCACUUGAAGAAGCAGAAGAACCUACACCAAAUUCAACAACUUCCCUCGGGUUUGAGGAAACUCAAAAUUAG